AAAAUGAAAAAAAAACUCAACCAGCUCUAUUGUGUUCGUGUACGACCGCUAACGAUCGUUGUAGGAAACAGGGGUGGGGGAAAAUAAAAACGCGCAUGCGCCAAAGACCGACCUCGCCAUUUUGCACUGAUUCGCGAAAGCAUUUUUACUCCAUUCAGCUCGACAUAAACCGGUCCAUUUAUUCUCGUCCACUGCCAGUGUUCGUUUUAAAUAACAUCUAAACCAUUCGGUUUACUAGUCAAACAAAAGUUAAUAAGGAAAAGUUUCGAAGAGGAAACAUGAGCGGAGAUAAAGGGACGACAACGGUCGGCGGUUUCGAUAAAUGUUCGGUCGUGCUUUUAGACGUCGCCGGUACGACAACCUCCAACAAUUUCAUCAAGGAAACGUUGAUCCCAUACACUGCCGCAAAUCUCGAAGAGUAUUUAAAAACAAAUUGGGAUGAAGACAAAGUCAAAGAAAUUAUUAAAGCGAUAAAAGGUGAUGAAGAAUUGGAUGUUGAGAAAGCAGUAAAUGCUUUUAAAGAACUUUAUGAAAAGGAUGCCGAUAACGAACAGGUUAAAGCCAUUCAAGGAUUGAUUUCUGCUAAAGGCUAUGAUAGUGGAUCACUAAAAGCACAUGUAUUCAGUGAUGUUUCAACAUCGUUAGAAGCUUGGGCAAAAACCAAACGUGUGGCGAUUUUUUCAACUGGAAGUGUGGAAGCGCAAAAACAACUUUUUGCAAAUACAAUCGAAGGUGAUUUAACCAAAAAUAUCUCCAAUUAUUUUGAUCUUUCUGUUGGCGCAAAAACUAACGGUGAGAGUUAUGAAAAAAUCGCCAAAGAAUUAGCGGUUGGAGUACAAGAAAUUAUUUAUAUAAACGAUAAAAUUGAAGAAGCGGUAGCUGCAAAAAGUUCUGGUUUGAAUACUGUAUUAAUCGUUCGAGAUGGAAAUGAAGCACUCAAAGAUGAAGAUAAAAAAGAUUUCGCCGUGAUCUCAAGUUUUACCGAUUUAACUGGAGACGGUUCCGGAAAACGAAAGAACGAGGAUGUUGAAACUCCAGAGGCUCCACCUUCAAAGAUACCUAAAACUAUACCGGAAGAGGAGAAAAAACCAGAUGAUAAAACUUCUAUUGAAACGAUUAAACAAGAAAAUGAAGAUGUCAAAGAAGCGGAACAAGCUGUAGAAGCUAUGGAAGUAGAUACAACAGCAGACACAACCUCCACAACAACAGAAACCUCAGUUGCGAAAUUAGAGGAAGAUCAAAAAAUGGAGGAAGAUGGAAAGGAUUCUAAUAAACAGGAAGAGAAAGAGACUGAAAAGAAACCGGAAGUUAACUUGACUGAUGAAAAAGUAGUUCAGGAAGAAAAAAUGGAAGCCGAAGAAGAAGUUUCAAAGCCAAUAAAAAAGACUGAAAAUACAAAAGAAACAGAGAAAGUAGAAAAUAAAAAUGAAAAAAAAGAAACUAAAAAUGAGGAAAUUGUUCCGGAUAAGAAAGAUAUUGAAAAGAAAAAUGAAAGUGUUGUUGAAAAAUUGUCAGUAACUGAAGAAACUAAGAAAGAAACUAUAGAAAGUUCAAAAACGGAGGUUGUUGAAACGAAAUUAGAGGAAAUGGAUACUGUUUGUAAUGUUAAAACGGAUAAAGCAGAAGAAACUAAAUCAAAUGAUGAAAAAAGUGUUGAGAAAAAAGAUGAAAAAGUUCCUGUAGAAAAUAAACCUGAAAUAAUCGUUGAAAAGAAAGUCGAAGAAAAAGCAGAAAAUGAUAAAGAAGAGAAAAUUAACAAAGAAGAAACAAAAUCAACAUCAACAACAACGUCAACAGAAGAUAAAUCAAUAGAUCACAAAAAAGAAUCACAAAAGGACGAUGUUAAAGAAAUUAAAAAUGAGAAAGCAAUUAAAGAACAAACAGAAAUUAAAGAAAAAUCAACUUCAGAUGAUAUAGUUAAAGAAAAAUCAACAACAAAUGAAAAUAAUGUAAAAGAUGAUGUUAAAGAAGACAAGAAAUCAACGGAAGCUAAAUCAACGGAAGCGAAAUCAACGGAAGUGAAAUCAACGGAAGCUAAACCAGAAACGAUAGAAGAUGAGGGAAAAGUUGAAAAACAUAAUUUGAAUGAAGAAAAUACGUCCAAAGAAAGUAGCACAAAAGAAAGUGAAAUUGUGGAAGAAACAAAAGAAAAAGAUGAUGUUGAUAAAGAAAAAGUAAAUGGUGACGAAAAAGUACCAGAAAGUGAAAAUGAAAAAGAAAAUAAGAGUGAAUUGGCGAACGGAAGUAGUGGCGGUACCGAAACGGACACAAGUAGUGAUGUAAAAAAGAACGGUGGUGCUGAAGUCGUUGAAAAAGCUACGUCGGAAGGUGGCGUUGGCGUGACUGGUGAAGAGAUUAAAGUCAAAAAGAUUGAGGAAACGACCGAAUCACCGACGACGACGACGACGGCGGUUGCAGUCGAGGUAUAAUAUUUCUAUGUUUAAAAAAAAAAAAAAAAGAAAUGAGAAAAAAAUAAUAAGUAUACAUGUUUUUUCAUUUUUCUCUUCUUAUUUUUUCGUAUAUUUUUGUUUAAUGUUAAUUAUUAUUUUUUUUUUGUAUUAAUUUCAAAAAGUAGUGUACAUUUUUUAUGAUUCCAAUAAGAAAAGUAAUCUGAUUUUUGCACUGUUAUUUCGUGCGACAAAAUAAAACAUUCCAAGAAGAAAAAAAAUUAUUAAAAUCAUCUCAAUAAUGUUCGUAAAAAAUAAGUAUAAUACGAUGUGUUGAAGAAUUAUUUUCCAGUAAAAAUAUCAAUCAAGAAAAAAAAACUUACAUUAAUUUUGGCCAAAAUAAAAGAACUGCAGAAUUAAUUAUUUAUUUUCUUUCAAGUUUUUCUUGAAAAUAAUUUUUCGACACACUCUACAAUAAAGACUGGAUGUUAUUGUUUUUUCUGUGUGUAUUAUUAUCAAGUUUUGUUUAAAUGUCUUUUGGAACAGUAUUAAAAAGAAAGAAGAAAAAAAAUCGUAAAUUAAGAAAAUAAAAAUAAACCGAUGGAAGUGAAUCUCUUAAUUAAUAGAUGUACUUAGUGAUAA